AUGGCGUUCCUGAACAAUCUGCGCUCAGUGCCGCUGCCGCCGGUGAAAAACAUGCUCAAUGUGGCACUGCAAACAGCCCGUCAAACGAUUCCGGCCAAGCAGAAACAGAACGGCUACGAAGAACCGGCCGGAGAGAGCUUUGGUGGUGCACCCGGUGCAAGUGGCAUGCGAUCGCCACCGCAAGUCCCCCCAAGGCCACAGAAUGUUCAUUUCGCCGAACAGGACGCCGCGGGUGACACUGGUGGAACAACGGAGAUGAAUCCUUUGAAUCCGUUCACGAAUCCGAAGGCAUACUAUCAGGAGGAUGGAACGGAACAACCCGGUACUAACCAGUACCAGGAGACGGGUUUCAAUCAGGGUGAUUUCGAAAAUGGGUACCAAGCGGGCGGCUACCCUCCGAGACAGGGCAGUGUGCAGUCUUUUGGUUCGGACAGUACGUUCGCCGGAGGUUGCGAAGGUGAAGCCCCAGGUGGAGCUAAGAUCAACGAGUAUCAGGCCGCUUGGAACGUGACCAAUGCAAUUCAGGGAAUGUUCAUCGUGUCGCUACCAUUUGCGGUCCUGCGGGGCGGCUACUGGGCGAUCAUCGCGAUGGUUGGCAUAGCUCACAUUUGCUGCUACACCGGCAAGAUUCUCGUCCAGUGUCUGUACGAGCCGGAUCCGCAAACCGGCGAACCGGUACGGGUCCGGGACAGCUACGUGUCGAUCGCGAAGGUGUGCUUCGGCAAGAAGAUCGGUGCCCGGGUCGUCAGCAUAGCGCAGAUCAUCGAGCUGCUCAUGACGUGCAUCCUGUACGUGGUCGUGUGCGGCGAUCUGAUGGCCGGUUCCUUCCCGGACGGUGCAUUAGACACGCGGUCGUGGAUGAUGCUGUGCGGCAUCUUUCUGCUGCCGCUCGCGUUCCUCAAGUCGCUGCAUCACGUGUCGCUGCUGUCGUUCUGGUGCACCAUGGCCCACCUGCUGAUCAACGCGAUCAUCGUCGGCUACUGCCUGCUGGAGAUCGGCGACUGGGGCUGGAGUAAGGUCAAGUGGCGAAUGGACUUUGAGAACUUUCCAAUCUCACUUGGUGUUAUUGUCUUCUCCUACACGUCGCAAAUCUUCCUGCCCACGCUCGAGGGCAACAUGGAGGAUCGGUCCAAGUUCAACUGGAUGCUCGACUGGUCGCAUAUAGCGGCGGCCGCAUUUAAGGCCCUGUUCGGGUACAUCUGCUUCCUGACGUUCCAGAACGAUACGCAGCAGGUCAUCACGAACAAUCUGCACUCGCCCGGGUUCAAAGGUCUGGUGAACUUUUGUCUGGUCAUCAAGGCGAUCCUCAGCUACCCGUUGCCGUUCUUUGCCGCCUGCGAGCUGCUCGAGCGUGCGUUCUUCCGUGGCAAACCGAAGACCAUCUUUCCGGUCGUCUGGGAGCUGGAUGGGGAGCUGAAAGUUUGGGGCCUGGCAUGGCGUUUGGCCGUCAUUCUCGGCACGAUCAUGAUGGCCAUCUUCAUACCACACUUUUCCAUCCUGAUGGGUUUCAUCGGGAGCUUCACGGGUACGAUGUUAAGCUUUAUCUGGCCCUGUUACUUCCAUCUGAAGCUGAAGGGCCACCUGCUGGAUCAGAAGCAGCGCGCCUACAACUACUUCAUCAUCUUUCUCGGUGUGCUGUUUUGUGUGGUUGGCAUCUACGAUUCGGGCACGGCUUUAAUCCACGCCUUCGAGAUCGGUUUGCCGUUCUAA